AUGGAGAACGGUACGACUACAGGGAGGAGAAGAUGGAACUUUAAGGAGAAUGAAAAAUUGGUAAGUGUAUCGGAUCUCACAGUAAGAAGUGUUCUUAACAAGUUGAUGUGUUGUGUUGACCCUGCUGAUACCCGACCCACUAUACCUCUUGGCCAUGGCGAUCCUUCUGCUUUCCCCUGUUUUCGGACUACACCAAUCGCCGAAGAUGCUAUUUCUGAUGCCGUUCGUUCUGCUAUGUUCAACGGUUAUUCAUCCACCGUCGGCAUCCUUCCUGCUAGACGGGCUGUAGCAGAAUACCUUUCUCAAGAUCUCCCAUACAAGUUGUCUCCUGAUGAUAUUUACUUAACAAGUGGAUGUGGUCAAGCAAUUGAAAUACUUUUGAAUGCUCUUGCACGUCCAAACGCAAAUAUUCUACUUCCAACUCCUGGAUUCCCUUAUUAUGAAGCUUGGGGUGGAUUUACUCAAAUGGAAAUGCGCCACUUUAAUCUUCUCCCAGAGAAGGAGUGGGAGGUGGACCUUAAUGCGGUUGAGUCUUUGGCCGAUGAAAAUACUGUGGCUAUGGUCAUUAUUAAUCCUGGGAAUCCUUGUGGCAAUGUCUAUUCAGAAGAACACUUGAAGAAGGUGGCAGAAACGGCAAGGAAGCUUGGAAUUUUAGUUAUUUCUGAUGAAGUUUAUGCUCAUCUCGCUUUUGGAAGUAAACCAUUUGUGCCCAUGGGAAUCUUUGGAUCGAUUGCUCCUGUUGUUACACUCGGAUCCAUAUCAAAGAGGUGGAUUGUCCCAGGCUGGCGACUUGGUUGGCUUGUUACAAAUGAUCCAAACGGCAUACUUAAAGAACAUGGGGUCAUAGAUUCCAUCAUGGGAUAUCUCAAUAUAUCUACUGAUCCUGCAACAUUUAUUCAGGGGGCAAUUCCUCAGAUCCUUCAGGAAACAAAAGACGAUUUCUUCUCUAAAAUAGUAAAUAUGCUAAGAGAAGAUGCAGAUAUCUGUUAUGAGAGAAUCAAGGAUAUUCCUUGCAUCACUUGUCCAAGUAAACCUCAAGGAUCUAUGUUUUUGAUGGUUCAACUUCAUUUGAAUCUUCUAGAAGACAUUGAAGAUGACCUGGACUUUUGCGCGAAGCUGGCUAAGGAAGAAUCUUUGAUAAUUUUACCAGGUGUUGCUGUAGGACUCAAGAAUUGGCUCAGGAUAACCUUUGCAUGUGAGCCAUCAUAUCUGGAAGAUGGCUUCCAGAGACUAAAUGCUUUCUAUAAAAGGCAUGCUAAGAAACAAUAA